ACUAGUACGCAGCUUUGAAGCGUCUUGAACUAACGUCAGCUGUGGCCAGUCGGGAUCGGGAACGCACCGCGGCCGCAAAUAUGUCGCGCGCCGUGCUUUUUAUUAGUGUUUUUACCAUAUUUUUGGAAGGCCUCCAUGCUAGCCAGACGACCAACAGCGCUGAGCCGCAAGUGGCUGUGCUGUGCGAAGCUGGCUCCUCCUACCACCCCCAGUACAUGUCAGCUGCUGGCCGGUGGACCCCUGACCUUACCACGAAACCGCACAACUGCUUGAAGGACAAGAUGGAGAUACUGGACUAUUGCAAGAAGGUAUAUCCAAGCCACGACAUCACAAACAUCGUUGAGGCCUCCCACUACGUGAAAGUCAGCAACUGGUGCAAGCUGGGAACCGGGAACGCAGCCAAGUGCAAGGUUACACGUUGGGUUAAGCCUUUCCGAUGCCUUGAUCAUUUGGCGGCAGAAGGUCCAUUCCAAUCGGAUGCGUUGCUGGUGCCUGAGAGCUGUCUUUUCGACCACAUCCACAACCAGAGCCGCUGCUGGCAAUUCUCCAGGUGGAAUGCGACAGCUGGAAGAGCUUGUGCCCAGCGUGGAUUGAGACUCCGGACCUUCGCUAUGCUGUUGCCAUGUGGAAUUAGCCUGUUCUCUGGUGUUGAAUUCGUAUGCUGCCCAAAACAUUUUAAGGAAAACGUGAAAAUGCAUAAGCCCAUGGACGUCGGUGUCCCAGUGAACCCUGGUGCUGAAGAAAUGUUGGCCGCCUCAGCUGCUAUGGAUGAGCGUGAUGAUGAACUGCUUGAUGAUGAAGAUGCCUUGACCGAUGAUGAUGAUGACUCUCUGAAUCUGAGCGACGACGACGAUGAUGACGACGCUGAUGACGAUGUUCAAUUUGCAGACAUGGAUGAAGACGAAGACGCAGAUCUGUCUCGUGAUGAUGACGCCGAGGAUGAUGACUACACCGACGGUGAUGACUCCGCCUGGCCUCACCCUGAAUCUUCCUCCGCACCAUCUACCACUUCUUCUACCACCACUACUACGACUACCACUACCACGGCCUCCAGCGCCACGUCUGAUCCUUACUUCUCGCAUUUCGACCCUCGCACUGAACAUCAGAGCUACAAGGAUGCCCAGCAGCGUCUAGAAGAAACCCACCGUGAGAAGAUUACCAAAGUGAUGCGAGAGUGGUCAGAGCUCGAGGACCGUUACCAACAGAUGAUGACGUCAGACCCCGCCGCCGCCCAGACCUUCCGUCAACGGAUGACUGCUAAAUUCCAAUCGAACAUUCAGUCGUUGGAAGAAGAGGGUGUGGCUGAACGCCGUCGUCUGGCUGCUCUACACCAACAGCGUGUGCUCGCUCACCUGGCUCAGCGCCGCCGCACUGCUCUUGCCUGCUACACUCGGUCUCUUCGCGAUACGCCUCCUAAUGCCCACCGCGUCCAGAAGUGCUUGCAGCGCUUGGUCCGCGCCCUCGCCGCUGAGCGCAGCGGAGCGCUCACCGCGUGGCGCCGCGCUGCCGCCGCCGGACGGGAGGCUGCAGCCGCUGAACGAUCUAGCGCUGCUGAUAGACUUCAGGAUGCCGACCGUGCUCUGCAACGUGCCCUGUCCGCUCUCCGCCGCCGCCCACACCUCUACGCUACUAUUGGAACCGCUAUUGAAGACUAUGUUCAGUCAAUGCAAUCCAAGGACGACAUGGCCGUAUCCCUGAUGUCGAUGACCCCUGAAGCCGAGGAACUGUUGCUGGACCGCAUCGAGGCUGAGGUGCAGAGGGAACAGGCUGCAAGGGAACAACUCAACGCUAAGAGGGACCAGCGCACUCGCCAGAGACAGGACAUUGAGAAUGAACGUGCUAAGACCGCCAACGGUGUCAAGGAGAGCGAGGAAGCUGACGACGAGGCAAGCGAGGCCAGCGAGCCCGAGGACACGAGCGCGGCCCCGAGCAGCCCCUCCCCCGCGCCCCCCGCGCCCCCCGCGCCCCCCGCGCCCCCCGCCUCCCCCUCGCCCCUCUCCGUGCACGACCUCACCACGCGCGCCGCCUUCACUCAGGAGACUACUACUACUGAAAUCAUAACCAGCACGAUGACAGAAGCCCCGGAGAGCGAGACCGAGACUGGUGAGAUCAGCGAGACCUCGAGCCGACGAUCCACUGGAGAGGUGUUGUUCCAGACGGAGGGCGAGGGGCUGCGCGCGGCGCUGGAGCAGGCGGAGGAGCGCGCGCCGCCGCCGCCCGCGCACGCGCUCAAGCACGAGCUGCAGCACUCGCAGCCUGGCUACACGGUGCGCGGCGCAGCGCCGGGGGGCGGGUCGGGCGCGCUGUACCCCGCGCUGUGCGUGGGCGGCGCCGCGCUGGCCGCCGCCGCCGCCGUCGCGCUCGCCGUCGCGCGCCGCCGCGACCGCGCGCCCUCCGCGCAGGGCUUCGUGCAGGUUGAACAAACCGGCGCUGUGGCCCCCACUCCGGAGGAGCGGCACGUCGCCAACAUGCAGAUAAACGGAUACGAAAAUCCCACUUAUAAAUACUUCGAAGUUAAGGAGUAAAUUUUCUCCCCCGUAAACCCCCUACACUCCACCGCCAGGCUUGUCUUCCUUCUUCUUUCUAAUGUUUCAAUGCGAGACGAGACUCGCAUUUUAACCCCUUCUUUAAUUGGAAAUAUCGCCAUCUAGCGGUUAUUUUGCAAACUAGAUACUGUUACUUCGAAACGACUUGUGGUGUGUGCUUGCGUCCUAACAAUUUCUGGGUUUAGCCCUUCCCCUUAUAUCUAUGUCCUUUAUAAAUUAAUUCUUUAUGGAAUGAAUGUGUGAGCCGAUACUGUCCGAUCUUCUUUCCGCAAGCCUGGAGGGAUUUAUUUACGUGUCUAUAAGAAGCUUGUGUGAUUAGUAAACGUAUAUUUUGCGAUAUUUCGCGGUCAGUCAAACAAUACUUAAAUUAUAAUACUUAUAAGUGAUAUUGUUUUAUAUAUUUAUGUUACUUUUAUGUUUGCACCAAAUUAUUUAUUUAUUUAACUUAUAAGAUUAGGGUUAAGUUUUUGUCUAGUGUUUUAGAUUUUUAAGUGUCACUUUGUAGGCAAGUUUUUUAAAUUAAGUUUUGAGGCAACGGCUCAAAAGAUAACAUCCAUUUCGUUAUAUCUCUUGUAACAUUUGUAGUUAUUUUACUAACAUUCCAACGAUCUCAAUAUUUAUUUGAUUCUUUUUAAUCUUGCAUUUCUUAGGUGAAUGUUAUCCCUUGAGCGAGUCGAAUAAACGUCCAUGGUACGCAGUGUAUAUAAACUCCGCGUACAAAUUCGAACCUUAUUACUUACUCUUAAAGCCCGCUUUCCUUUUCUAACGUAGGUAGAACAUAACGUGAAUUUUAUGUAAUAAAAUGCGAAAAUAUAUUUUAAUAAUUAUUGUGUACUUAGCGAAGGAACGGGCGGCAAAGCCGGCGCGGGCGAACGCUUUACUCAGCCUUCUAGUCUACUUCUAGUUAUUGUGAACAAGUCCCUAUACUUCUUUAUUCUCUGUAGUAUUUCCCCUUCAACUAUUAUUUCUAUCUAUUCUAUCGUACGUCGUUUGCCCGCGGGACAAUACUCUUAGUUCCCGAUAGUUAAGAGCCUUGUACUCAAAUUGAAUAAAAUGCCAUCUAGGAGCAAAAAAGAACACAUAACAGAAAAUCUAGUCAAACAGUGCCAUCAUUGAUUUACUUCUUUGUCUGUUUGAGUACUCGGCAUCGGCAAGCAGUCAAGCUUAUUGGGUGUAUGUAUGGUUAUUGUAUAAGUAGAUGUACAAAAAGUAAUACAUUAUAUAGAUGUUUUAGCGUCAGAUACAUAGAUAUAAAGCAAAAUAUAAUUAUAUAUCGCAUUCGUCCGAUUAAUGUAAGGGCUUGCGCUCGUGUCUACUCCCACGUACCACACUUAAUGUUACGCCGUAGUUAAGAUGUAAUUCUGCCUCAGUAUUAUAUACAUUUAAGCUUAUAUGUUA